GUUGCCGGGCAGCGGCCGCGGGGGGGCGCCGUGCCCGCCAUGCUGAGGGCCAAGGUGCUGCUGGUGGGGCCCUGCGAGUCAGGAAAGACGGUGUUGGCAAACUUCGUGUCCGAGAGCACGGAAGGGAUCUGCAGCUACAGCCCGACGCAGGGGGUGAGGAUCCUGGAGUAUGAGAGGCCAAACCUCAGCGGGAACAACAAGGGAGCCGGGUGUCGAUUCGAGCUGUGGGACUGCAGUGGUGAUCAAAAGUUUGAAACGUGCUGGCCAGCUCUGAUGAAGGACUCUCAUGGUGUAAUAAUAAUCUUCAACCCUGAUCUGCCCAGCCACCUGAAGGAAAUCGAGAUGUGGUACUCGUGCUUCGUGCAGCAGCAGCCACUGCUUGACAGUCAGUGUCUCCUGGUGGCACAUCACAAACCAGGCAGUGCUGGGGACACAGAAAACCUGUCCUUGGCUUAUCCACUGAACAAGCUGAAAUUGAUACAUUCCAACUUAGAGGAGGAUCCUGAAGAUGUUCGGAUGGAAUUUAUGAAGUACUUCAGAAACAUUAUCACCAUCAUAAAUGAGAGCAGAGAGAGGGAAGAAAUGUCAAUUAUCUCAUAAUGCUAAAAACAAUACUGAAAAAGGAAGAACAAAUAUGAUUUUCCCUUUGUAAGCUAUACUAGCCUGUGAACAGACCUCCCAAGGAGAAUUUGCCAGGCUGCAAAUACUUCAGUCUGUGAACAAGUGCUGACAUCAAGUGAACUGUGGUGCCAGGCAGAUGGCUGCACAUCCAGGAUUGUGAGUAACCUUGUAGCUGCACUUUGGCAUCAUAAGCACAGGAAGGUGUUGUUAUGUUAGUGUGGCCUAAAAUACAAAGGUAUGGGUCAUGUCUUCAGAAUUCCUUUGUGCAGGGUGCUUGGAGAAGAAAGCCUGACAGAACAUAAGACACUGGAAUUCUGCUGAAGUAUCUGGGCAAGGUGCUCAUGUUAGCUGGAGAAGUCUUGUCUUUCAGUACAGACUGAUUGGAAUAGACAUCUGAGAAGUCAUGGUGUAGAAUCCACUUUUUUGUGUCCCAGGUUGUCCUUGUCUUUCCCUUGAAGAGAGCACGUUGCACAGCCAUUGCCUUGGCAGGACACAGCAGGUUGCAGUCUUUCUCAGGACCAAGUUUUUCUUCUAUUCCAACAAAAUAAACAUGUUGUGAGGACAGUGUGUAGGUCUCUCUGGGAGAAAGGAAUUGAAAUCUUGGCUUAGUGCAAUAUUUUGACUUAUGUCAGGAGCUCCAAUAAGUUCUGCAUUCUCCAGGGGAGGAAAAGCUGUUUCAAAACUUUACUGUUCCCUGUUGCAUUGAAAUAAGUGGUUUCAUAGAUAAUUUACUUUCUGGUUUGUUUGCUUUGCACUCAUUCCUGUUCUUUGUGUUUUGCUGCAGAAGACUUUUUUUUUGUAACAUGCAUUACUAAGGCAAUAAAAACAUUUUAAAAAUGCAUCCUCUUUGUUCUCAAAGGGGAAGUUAAUUAUGGGUUCGUGGAACUCUUAGCAACUUGUUUCAUUUUUAGUAAGGAAAAUAGUGAUAAAGUUGUAAUACAUUUCAGCUACAACAAGAGACAAUUACAAAAACUUGAACGCAGUAGCCAAAGAAAUGACACCACAUUGACACUGUCUUCUAGUGAACAUCCUUUAGAGAAAGUAUGUUAUAAGCCAGGAAGUACUUCAUGUAUUUUAGUGCAACACAACAGGAAUAAGGGAUUCCUGGUUUUUUCAGUGAUCCAGCUUAAUUAAUCUCCUAUUUUUCCUAUUUUUAUAGUUCUCUGAGUAGUGAGUAGCCUGUCCUUGUGCAAGUGGUAUGUGAGGUGAAAGAUUAAAAGAUCUCUGAGCAGUUCCUAUUCUGCCAUUAAAGCCAAAAAUUGGUUCUGGGAGGCAAAGAGGGUGUACUGAAGGAAAACAUCAGUGAGAGGAAGGACACCAGGAGAGAAACAGUAAAAUAAGCAGAAAAAGAUGAAAAGAAUAGGUUGGAGGUGAAUAGUGGGAGGUUGGCAUUUCAGCAUCUACGUUUUAUUUACGUGACUUUUGAACAAUCGGGCUUUCUGUGCUUGCAAUCAUUGUCAUAGGGUGGUCUGUUGGAGGCAGUUAUUAAAAAUACACAGUCUAACUAGAGAACAGUUUUUUACAUGCUGCCUUAGAUUGCUUUUUCCUUGUUGCCAGCUGUGUGGUGCUGGAGCCAAUUUUUAAAAUAUACUGCCUUAAUAAAUUCAGUUUUUCCCAACAGCAACAUUGUGAUAUUCAGUGGUAAAAGACUGGUGUGAAACCUACCAAAUAUUUUACUUGGAAUGUAAAACUGUUUGGGUGAUUCCAGGGUUGAAAAGUCAAUGAACUCUUCUGUUCACCACCUUGCUUCAUAUAAAAUGUUAAUCAUGAUCUUACUUUAAACUAAAAAAAAAAAAAAAGUUGUAAAUUAUAGGUAUCUAUGGACUGCAACACACUGUUCAUCAGAGAAGAAAAAUAGUGUUAGAACCAAAGAGAUGCCUAGACUUGACUUUGUAUCAUCCAGAAAGGUCAUAAUACACAAUAAAUAUGGGACAUCAUUCAUAAAA